GGUCCCUUCACAGUGUUCCUGUGGAGGCGGCCGCUGCAGCACCUGCCCAAGCACAGCUGCUGACGUUCUCCAUGGCUUCCACUGUUCCCUUCAUUAACCAGUACCAUGAAACGCUGUCAAGUUAAUUAUACAGCGUGAGGUGUAAACAAGUUCUGAUUUCACAUAUUGCUAAGUAAAGACUUGUAGUAUUCUGCGUUGUAAAAGAGCAUUUCUGAGAGUGAAACUUUUGAAUAAGUUGUGCCUUAUGCUUUUCUAAGCAUCUUAGUUGAAUUUAACGAUGGUGCAACCUGUGACGGCUCUGUUGGCGUGGUCGUGCGCAGCGGCAGCUUAUUUGCAGUUCUCGUUGUUGCUGUCGUUACUGUCGUCGAGGUCAAGGCCGUCUCUUGCUCUCUCCAGCCGGGAGCAGCAACCCCCGUCGUCUUCUCCUUGGUAUCGUCUCUCUCUGCACCUUCGUACUUCCCAUGAUGUUGACAGUCUGGAGGUGACCUCACCGCCGCCACACUCACAGCUAAGCUUCAACACAUCGUCACACCUGGAGGUGCCAGUGCAGUUUCAAACAGCAACCGAAUCGGUGCAGAUCCCGCUGUUUGCUCUCAGGGAAGACAGGAAAAUGGAUGGAAGUAAAUCAGAACUUCAGCCAACAUUUUUUUCAGAGCCUGCCAUAUCCUCACCAUUAACAACUAUCAAAUUCACUCUUGAUGAUGUCCCAGUAUUUUGGCAGCCACAGUCUUCUCCUUCACAUCUUGCUGUUAAAUCAAAUGAAACAUACAGGGACGAUAUAUUAUCACUUUUAAGGAAGUCUUCCGCAAGAGUCUCGCUUGAGGCUAGUGAGUAUAUUAUAGAUUCACUUACUCACAGACAAACACCCAGGCAUCUAUAUAUUGUGACACCGACGGCCAGGUCGCAGCCAUCAGCCACUCCACAAACCAGGACGACCUCGGAGUUAACAGGACAUUCCCUAGACGCAGAGGAAAGUUUAGUGUCAUCGUUAACUUUGCCUUUCUUGGAGAAUUCAACUGAAGAAUCUCUGAACACAGCCAGACUUCGUGAUCUGAGGACACCAGUGGUAACCAGGGCCUCAGACUCCCGGUCUCAUAACAUCGCUGAGUCCAACAUCUUCACCACAAAGCCAAUUAAGACUAAGUCUGAGGUUUCUAUCGAUAACAUCGUUUUUGAGACAUCCGAAGAGAACGGAGUUUUCAGUAAAAGUCCAGUACCGAAAAUUACAAGCCUCAGUGAAGAAAAAAAUAGCUAUGAAAAUGUUGACGAGACUGAGAAGCCUCGCCUUGCCAGGAAGACAAUUAAUUUUAAUCAAGAAUUCUUAGCCCUUUUGAAAAAUUACAAUCCAAGGGAGAAAAAUGAUGAAACCACAAGAGAGGUAAAUUCCUUCUGGCUGAGUAAUCUGAGUAAGGUUAAGACUGGGAGAGUGUGGAGUCUGAAGGGAGGUGCUCGGUCCCCCUCAAUCACCAGCUCAUCCAAGGAUGACGCUCCACCAUACAACCUACAGCAGAAUAUAGGUGGUGUAUUCACGGCAUCCCUCCUAGGCUUGAUGGCCGCUACAGCUAAACUAGCGAGUAAUACGACCCUGACAGUCGUAACUGAAGGUCCCAGGAUAAUUUCAGUUGGGGAGGUGGGUGAGGUACCGCACGAAACACAGGAUACAUUAAUCAAUGCCGCUUCUCUUGGACUUUCCGCUGCUCUGAAACACGGUAUACAGAGCCUCAAUGUGAGCGCCUGGGUGUCCGGCUGUCCCAAACUUUAUGGCAAAGUGGCGCUCAAUUGUGCCAUUCACCAUGAUGCUCUUGUCAACACCGCCAUGAAAGUGACUUGGAAGAAGAAUUUCAGCGAGGGUCACCUGGAGGAGCAGGUGAUUGCCGAGGGUGACCUCCUGAAGGUGCAGGAGCCCAGGUUCACCUUGGAGCACCACCUGGACCAGUACCACCUCAUCAUCAAGGACUUCCGCGCCAAGGACUGUGGCACGUACGAGUGUGAGGCUCGUGCUGCUGGCACGACAGCUGCCUCACAGCUGUUGCUCUUUACGUGCCUCUGACAUACCUGUGUACGACACACCUUUCUCUCGGGCACACCUGUCUGACACACCUGCUUCUGAUACACCUAUCUGGCAUACCUGUCUCUGACACACCUGCUUCUGACACACCUGCUUCAGACACACCUGUGCCUGGCAUACCUAAGACACACCUGUGCCUCGUAUACCUGUCUCUGACACACCUGCUUCUGACACACCUGUGUCUGGCAUACCUUUCUCUGACACACCUGCUUCUGACACACCUGUGUCUGGCAUACCUUUCUCUGGCACACCUGCUUCUGACACACCUGUGUCUGGCAUACCUGUCUCUGACACACCUGCUUCUGAUAUACCUGUGCCUGGCAUAACUGUCUAAGACACACCUGCUUCUUACAUACCUGUGUCUGGCACACCUACUACACACCUGCUACUGACACACCUGUGUCUGGCAUACCUGUCUCUGAUACACCUGCUUCUGACAUACCUGUGUCUGGCACACCUGUCUAUGACACAUCUGCUUCUGACACACCUGUGCCUGGCAUACCUGUCUAAGACACACCUGCUUCUGACAUGCCUGUGUCUGGCACACCUGUCUGUGACACACCUAUUUCUUUUACACCUGUGUCUGGCAUACCUGUCUAAGACACACAUGCUUCUGACAUACCUGUGUCUGGCACACCUGUCUAUGACACACCUGCUUCUGACACACCUAUGUCUGGCAUGCCUGUGUCUGACAUACCUGUGUCUGGCACACCUGUCUAUCACAUAAGUGCUUCUGACAUACCUGUGUCUGGAACACCUAAUCACAUAAGUGCUUCUGACACACCUGUGUGUGGCAUAUCUGUCUAUGACACACCUGUGUUAUCUCCAGUUAAGGUGAUUUUAAUCUGUGAAGAAGGGAUUAAACUCUCAGUGUAUAUACAGUGAGAGAUACACGCCUCUAGUAUAUAUACACUGGGAAAUGCACAUCUCUCAAUGUAUAUACUUUAUGACAAUGUCUUUGGUUAGUCACAUCAAGAGUGACAAGUCAGGUAAAGGUUAAUUUCCUUGUCAAA